GCAGAUUUUUCGCCUUAUAAAAGGAGAAAGCAAUGCAAUAGCCUUACCAGUCUUGUUGCCAGGGUCAUACAUAAUGAAUGCCCUAGUCGUGCUAUUGGCAAUUCUAGCUACGGCGUUUGCCGUUCCAGCACCUUUCCCGCAUGGAAAAAGUUUGACUUACAAAUAUCAUGCUGUUGUGAAGGCUGAAACUAUUGAGCCGACUCCGUUCGCGUCUGAUUUUGAGAUCGAAUGUCUUCUUCAAGUGCACCACGAUGCCACCAAUCCAACUUCGAAGAAUAUCUUCUAUAUUACCUUAACUAAUGUGAAAUAUGGGUUGUAUAAUGGACGCAUGCUCCAUCAUGCUCCAUCUGAAUCUGUUAUGUUACCGAUUGACGACGCUGCUAAAGCGAUCUUGAAUCCUUUCCUCGUUGUCUACAAUGAACAUGGACACCUUGAAGGUGUACAAUUCGUAGAAAAUGAACCAGGAUGGUCAAAGAAUUUGAAAAAGGGUAUCGCUUCUAUGCUUCAGUUGGACUUGGUUCAAAUUCAUGUUCAGACCCCUAUAAACGUACAUGGCUUCAUAUCUCAAGAGGUUACCAUUCAUGGUACUUGCGAAGUUGCUUACAACGUGCUGCCAAUAGACCAUUCAGGAUCUAGCAAAGAAUUUAUAGUUACAAAACUUUACGAAUCGAAGAACUGUUCUCGCUUUAAAUAUUACGAGUUUAACCAUGUAGAAUGCGACGAAUGUCAAAUAUAUGAAGGGGAUGACAUGAGCACCGCUACCAAACGUGUUUUUGUAAUAGACAACUAUGAUAAUGAAAUUCUUAUAAAAAAAUUAAUUGGUCAUUCAGUGAUUAAUUACCUUCCAUGGUUGGCUGAAUCAGAGGCCCAUUAUCUUUUGACUAACCAAACUUUGGUUCUCGGAGAUAUCGUUCCUGUAACUGACGUUCAUUUAUCGCCCUUGAAACGUCUAAUUGUCACACCUAUCGAGAAGAUUAUCUACGAUGAACCUAAAACUCCAUAUGUUCCUGAGGCUGAUAUAGACGUAACUCAUCAUCGACAUGUCUUUAAGCUCGAUGAACUUGUGGUUAAAGUGAAGAAAAUGUUGAAUGAGGCUGCUGGUUACCUGAAAGAAAAUCAUAUUGACAAGAAACAAUCAGACUGGAAGCAUGACCAAACAAUCAAUAGAAUUUUUCACAUUAUGGGAUUCAUGAACGUUGCAUCUUUGGAGAAAGUGUAUAAUGAAAUUCAAGAUGCCAAAGAUGCCACAGAAAAAGCAAUGAAAAAUAUUUUCCUCGGAAUAGUGCCGCACGUAGGAACUCCAGCUGCCUGCCUUUUCACACGAAAUGUAGUUCGUACAAACAGCGUACCAAAUUGGGUUGCCAUCACGAUGCUUGCCAAUCUUCCGAUGCACGUAAAAGUUCCUUCGAAGGAACUGCUUUUACAGAUGGAAGAACUUCUGAACUUAGGCGAUUCCGUUUCGCCGAGUGUUAGGGAAGCUAGCAUAUUUUCCUUUGCUACACUGAUUCACAAGACCUAUGAGAAAGAACAAGUCGAAAUCGUUGAUCCUCUUUUGGAUAGAUAUUUGAAACAUUUCAUGGAGCAUGUUAGAACCGAACCGACGUUCCACAUGAAGAUGGUGUACAUGAUGGCCAUGAAGAACGUUCGGCUGAGCCAUGUUUUGAAACAUCUGGAGUCUAUCAUUAGUGGCAAAGAGGUUGUUUCCGAAAAGCCAUACAAUAUUCGUGUGCAAGCUAUUUGGAUCGUUAAACACAUAAACGUCGGCCUCCAUUAUACUCACGAUUUACUCUGGCCAGUUCUUAGUGACGUUAGCCUUCCAACAGUAGUCAGAGUUGCUGCUUUCGAUGUGCUGGUACAUCAAGUAACUCAUCUAGGCCGUUUCAUGAAUAUAUACUGGUUAAUGGUUAACGAAAAGAACGAACAUCUCUACAAUUAUUAUGUAGAUACCAUUAAAGGACUUGCUAACUCGGUAGACCCAUGCCUGAUGAAAACUCGGGAAAUUUGUAAGAAAGUAUUGAAGUUCAUUUCUAAAAGGAAUGUCGAUGGUCCACUUUCAAAAAAAAUUCACGUAGAUUAUGAAGAUAAAAAGUACGGAUACGCUGAAAGCGUAAAGGCUUCAUUAGUUCUUGAUAAUACUGGCUUCCCGUAUGUUGGUUCAGUUGAACAUGUCGAAACUGUCACUCGUAAGCCCGUUCAUAAAUGGGGAAUUUACUGGAACAUAGAUGGCAUGGGCAAAAUCUUAAAGCAUGUAAAUCGUAAUAUGUUCAACGAAUUCGUAGAAGCAAUUAAAAAUGAUAAUGUGAAAAGUAUAUUACAUCGAGCAGCUACAGAUAUGCCGAUACUUAAAGAUAUCAACGUUAACGUGAUUUUGACAAUGAAUAAUAAUGUUGUUUCGAUACUUCAUUCCGACAAGGAUAAUUCAUUAAAAAUUCUUGAUAAAUUGAAAGACUGGAACAAAUUCAUUACUGAGUAUUUGAAUGUUAUUAAUUGGCAGACUGUAUUGUAUCAUAAUCAUUACGAAAUGCAUAUGCCCACUGAUCUUGGUGUACCAGCCGUUUUGGUUUCGAAGAUACCCUCUUUGACUUCUCUCAAAGGAGAGUUUGAAUAUUCCGAGGAGAAAAAUCUUUUAAUCUUGAAAUCAAAACUUAAAUAUGAACAAUGGAUGCAUGGCGAACACGUAAUAUCGGUUUACAAUCCCCUCGUUGAUACUUGGCACUCUGUUCGGAAGACAUCGUCCGUGGACGUUGUUUUGCCAUAUGAUCUGAGCAUUGCUUACAAUCAGAAUGCAAAGAGCUUUAAAGUUACAUUGCCAAGAUUACCUGUUUCGGAGUUUUCGAUUGCUGGAAUGUCCAUUUAUGGGAAAAACUACGUCACUCUCACAGGUGAUGAGCAUGAUUUACUGAAGAAGUUCUGUUCCACUUGUCGUCCCAUUCACGAAGUUAUUAUCACUGACAAUAGCUUAAAAACAUACGAUAUUUUUGAAUCGAAAGACACUGGAACUCGAUUUUCGAUAACACACAAUUGUGAGAACAAUGUUGUUCCUGUCUCUCCUAUUACUCAGUGGCUUGAAGUAUAUCUAGACAAACAAAUGAACACCAUAAGCUAUCUAUGGAUGAAGCCUAUCAUGACUCUUCAUCAUAAAAUAAUGAACGAUAUAAUUGUAAAACAAGAGAAAAGUUGCGCGGUUGUGUAUAAAAUUGAACCAAGUAUUUUACAUCCUACUUCGAUGAUUGAGUUGAAUGGAAAACUUAGCGUUCAAGACUUGGACUACACGCAUGAGAAGAUGGACUUGCUUAGCAAUAAGAGAAUCGAUAUUCGUGGAAGUAUGAUUGUUAAAGCAGCCUCCACUGAUGAAUCUGUAAGACGGUGGAAUCUGAAUGUUAACGUUAUGUUGUCUCAGGGACAUGUUAACAAUAAUGUCAAAGUUAUGAUCACACGUAUUACACCGCAAGAGGAAGAUCUGAAGAUAUGUAUCGAAGCACAGAAAGAUUAUCCUGUAGUCAAUUCAGAUUUAUUAAAAGUUAGUGGAAAGAAAGAAGUUAAUUCUGUAGUGACGAUCACUAUGGGACAUGCGAAAGAAGAUAAAUGUGUACAUGAUGAAAUGGACGUUACAUUGACAGUGAAAGGUGAAGUGUUAGAAAAUCAACAAAAUCAUAUCAUCCACGAUAGUGUGUGCCAUAAACAAAGUCAGAAUCCCUUGUUUUACCUCAAGGGAACGAGGUUUUUGAUGCUACUUCCUAGCACUCCAGAAUGUAUCGAAGAAGCUAUACGCGAUUCAUCUCUAAGGAAAUACACUAUAAAUAUGACGCUAAAGACGGUACCUCCGCAAUUGUCAACAGCUGUAAAUGUAGUGCACGAUAUUUUACGUGUUGUUUAUUUUCCGUAUAUGAAAUAUACUUGGAAACAUGUGGAACCUGAACACGCGAAGAUUGUCCUAGAAUUCCCAGAUUCGUCAUCUCUCCUUAAUAUAGCCGUCGUUACUUCGACACAUAGUUACGAAUUAGUUAAUUUACCAUUUGGUAAUGCACUUUGGAAUACGUGGAUGGAUAACACACUAAUGCCUUUCUCAACAAUAUAUAAUUACGUUAACAAAGCAAUCAAGUUUUGUACAGUUAAUCCUCGAGUUCUUAUUAAUCUCGAUAAUGGUGUCACUCCAUUCAUCGUAUCAGAUAAAUGGACUUUGCUAUCCGGUGAUCAUGUAGAACAAUCGUACAGUAUCUUCGUAAAAUCAGUACAAAACGAUCAAUUGGCUUUAAGAGUUUACAUAGGUGGACAUGAAUUGGAAAUUAUGCCUACCGAUGGAAGUGUGACGGUUACCGUAAAUAAUAAAGUUGUAGACAAGUACGACAAGGGUGUCAUGGUACCUGAUAAUCCGGAAUCCUUUGCUAUCAGGUUGAUCGAAGCUAAUAAACGUAUGGUGAUUGAAUCCAGAAUGGUACCAAUCCAAAUUUACUAUUUAAAAGACAUUUUGACAAUUCUUGUGGGCACUGAACUUCAAGGACAAUUGACUGGCUUGUGUGCUCGUAUGGAUGGCACUCAUAAAGUCGAAAUUCCAAAAAUAUAUAGUGUCUCACAUCUUUAAAGAAAUCAAAUGAAAUCAUAUUUACCAUUUUAUGAAAGAGUAGAGGAGUUAACGUAGUAUAAUGUAUGUAGAUACAAAAGAAUAAAGUUAUCAUUUCGAGUAA